GAACACAGGUUGGGGACUGGGGACACUGGUCUGGGGAGACUGCUGUUGCUGCACCUGCAUCUGCCUUCAAUAUUGCUGCUACAGACACCAGUGACAGGCGAGACAUUCUUACUCUUAAAGUGACUUGGAAGAUGAGGGCUGCCAUAUCACUGCUGUUGCUGCUGCUCUCCAUGUGUGGAGUCAAGGCACAGAGUCAAGGCACUGACACCUCUGCUGAGCUGAAGGAACUUAGAGACAUGGUGGUGGGACUGAAGACAGAGCUGACUGCAGUGAAGACCAGACUGGCCACCGCUGAGACUGAAAUGGAGAACAUGGAGAGAUAUAUCAAAGCAACACCCAAGGUGGCCUUCUCUGCAGGUUUGGGCUCAGGAAACAUAGUGGCUGGGAGUAAAGACCUGAACUUAGUGUUCAGUAGAGUCAUCAACAAUAUUGGAGAGGCCUACAGCAGCACAACUGGCUUCUUCACAGCUCCAGUCAGGGGAGUCUACUACUUUAGGUUCACUGUUAGGGAUGAUCUGGCCUCAGAGGCAAUGGUUAUCAGGAUGAAUAAGAAUGGAGAGAAGGUCAUGUGGCUGUAUGAUCAUGGCAAUGAUGCCAAUCCCACCUAUCUGUCCAGUGGCCUGACUCUGGAGCUGGAGAAGGGAGAUACAAUAAACCUGAUGAUACCAGAAGGCAAGAGGCUUAUAGAUACUGAUAAUAACUUCUGUACCUUCAGUGGCUUCCUGCUCUUCAUGAUAUUCUAAACACCAAAAGAUCACCAUGACCACUCAUUCAUGUUGGUGAUCACUUGAUUGAGAAAUUAUGAAUGUAAAUCAUUAUCAUUUGUUUGAAAAAUGAAAAAAGUACAUCCUUAUCAUGAUCAAAUAAAUGUCUUAUACUGCA